AUGGAAGCAUCAGCGUCAACAUCAACAUCAGGGCGUCUUCUUCUGCCAGGGCAGCCGUUGUCGGUCAAAUCCACAUCAAAGUCGCAACUCGACCUCGGGACGGGGACGUAUGCGAGGGGCGACUACGUCCUCUCCUCUCUCGUUGGGUACGAAUCUCGCACGCCCUCCUCCUCCAAGACGAUCAAAUCCGAAAAGCUCUCAAUCAGUGGAGUCGAGAAUCGUUUCGUGGUGCCAUCACCCGAUUCGACCGUCAUCGCACGAGUGACCCGCGUCACACCUCGGCAGGCCUACCUGUCGAUCCUCAUCGUCGACGGUCUGCCGUGUGGCUCGUCAUCGUCGACAAGUUCGACGUUCGUUCAGUCUGGUCUUGGGAAUCAUGCAGCGGGCGAAGGUGAGGGGGUGGACUUCCAGGGCGUGGUGCGAAGCCAGGACGUGAGGACGACCGAAAAGGACAAGGUCAAACUCGCCGACUGCUUCCGUCCCGGCGACAUCGUCCGCGCCACCGUCAUCAGUUUGGGCGACGCAAGAAGCUACUACCUCAGCACAGCUGGCAACAGUCUCGGUGUCAUCUAUGCUACCAGUGCAAGCAGUGCAGGUGCCACAAAGGCCGACGGCGAGGGCGGAAUAACCGGCGUAGGGGGUGCAGGUUGGAGCAUAAGCGGUAAUCAAAUGACACCUAUCAGCUGGAAUCAGAUGAUCGAUCCCACAACGGGAGUGGUGGAGAAUCGAAAAUGCGCCAAGCCCGACUCUGUCUAA